AUGACAGCACGUUCAAUUUUACAAGUUUUUGAUCAGUAUCAAAAAGCCCGUUUAUUUUUCGUUCAAUCUGUUGCGGAUUUUGCCUCAAGACCGAACAAUGUAGAAUGUUUAAAAGCUGCUGGAGCUUUGGAUCUUUUAUGUCCUUUACUGACAGAUCUUGUACCAUCUAUUCGAUACAUGGCAGCUGUAGCUUUAGGGAAAAUUGCAAAUAAUAAUCAUAGACUGGCUCAAACUAUCAUAAGAAAGGAUGUCUUACCUCAAUUAUUGAAGAAUAUUGAUAAACAAAAUAAAUUUUAUAAAAAAGCAGCACUGUUUGUUGUACGUGCAAUAGCUAAGCAUUCUCCAGAACUAGCAUCUAUAGUGAUUCAAAACAAUGGAUUAGAUAUUGUUAUACUUUGCUUAGAAGAUUUUGAUGCUAUUGUCAAAGAAUCUGCUGCCUGGGCAUUAGGAUAUAUUGCCAGGCAUAAUAAAACUUUAGCUCAAGCUACUAUUGAUGCAGGUGCUGUGCCCCUUUUGGUUCUGUGUUUACAAGAACCUGAAUUAUUUGUAAAACAAGUUGCUGCAUCUGCUCUUUGCGAUAUAAGUAAGCAUGAUAAAGAUCUUGCUGAGAUUGUUGUUGAUGCAGGAGCAAUUCCCUUUCUUGCAAAAGGACUGUCUAACCCUGAUACCAAGUUAAAGCGUCAAGUCCUUUCUGCAUUGAGCAGCAUAGCAAAACAUUCUGUAAAUCUGGCAGAAUCUGUUAUCGAAGCUGAAGUUUUUCCUGAUGUUCUUGUACACAUGGCACAUCCUGAUGAAUGUGUUGUUAAAAUGGCAGCAGUACUAACCAGAGAAAUUUGCAAGCAUUCGUUAGAAAUGGCUCAGCUCAUUGUAAAUAUCGGUGGUAUCGGUGCACUAAUUGAAUUAAUUAAUAUAUCAAAAUUACCAGUAAAAUUACCAGCAAUAAUGGCAAUUGGAUAUAUUGCUGGACACUCUGAUCAGUUAGCCAUUGCAGUUAUAGGAUCUAAAGGAAUUAUUCACUUAUCUACUGUAUUACACGAAGAAAAGGAUGACCGUUUGUUUGCCAUUACUGUGUGGGCGAUUGGUCAAAUUGGGAAACAUACACCAGAACAUGCAAAAGCAAUUGCAGUAGCCAACAUUCUCCCAAAGUUAUUAGAACUUUAUAAUGAUCCAAGCAGCUCUGAAGAUCUCAAAUUAAAAUGUAAUACAACACUGAAGCAAGUAUUACAGAGAUGCAUGUAUAUCGAAGCCUUGGAACCUUUAUUACACGAUUCACCACCUAACAUAUUAAAAUAUGUGCUUGGACAGUUUAGUAAGGUUUUGCCUAACGAUGCCAGGGCAAGAAGAUUAUUUGUAACAUCCGGUGGUUUAAAGAAAGUCCAGGAAAUUGAGGCAGAUCCUGAUUCAACACUUUUAGAAUAUAUACAAAUUAUCAAUUGCUGUUUUCCAGAAGAAAUUGUCAGAUAUUAUUCUCCUGGAUAUCCGGAUAGUCUCUUGGAAGCGGUUGAGCAGUAUCAACCGAAAUGUCCUUCUCUGUUUGCUAUGGAAGAACAUUUGUUUUCUGAUACUGAUUCUAAAGAUUCUCUAUCUAUUCAUCAUGAAGAUGGUUAA